AGGUAGCUUUUGGACUUCUGCAUGGGGUCUUAGGAAGGUAUUUGUCAUUUUAUUGGCAGCAGAUACGAUGAGCAGGCCAGAAUACGUUUGGGACAAAUGUUGGACAUUUAUGUCAGAUGAGAUUCUACACUGACAAAGAAGAGUUUUGAUGCAUCCAGAUCUAACGUUGACUGAAGCUGAGAUUAAGAAUUAUGCAUUGAGCGAAAUAGAGAUGAUGCUGAGGAGAUUUGGUAGGAGCUUAAAAGACUAUCCAUCAAUGCCAUUCCCUACCAUCAGUGACUCUGCCAUGUAUCAGAACAGGCUUAUAUUUGACGAAUUGCAAUACGAUCGUGCUGCUUUACGCGAAGAACAUGACAAAUGCGUACACAGUAUGAAUGAUCAACAACGUGAUGUAUACAAAACCAUUAUGCAAUCUGUUGAAGAAAAUAGUGGUGAGGUAUUCUUUGUUUAUGGUUAUGGAGGUGCUGGGAAAACGUUUGUGUGGAAAACUUUGUCAGCU